UACGUUUGUUAGACGAAGAUGCAAUUAUAUAUCAACUUCCUUAUUUCAAAUUGUCACAUUCGUUCACCAUGGGGGAUUACCGACAUGUUGGAUUUAUUUAUGUGUUUAUGCAUUUUAGCAGAUAUUUCUUUUCACUGAGUUUAGCCUGUGGAGUCGACGAUAAUGGUUUGUACCGGUUUGGACCCGAUUGUGAACACCUUUGUCACUGCGCCGGAAACAAACAGUGUGCUAACGUCACUGGAGCUUGUAAAGAGUGCGAAAGACACUGGUUCGGACCUGGGUGCCAGUAUUAUGAUAUUGCGCUGGAUUUUAACGAUGAGAUAAACAAACUGUAUGGUUCAAGACAUUUAGACAACCUUCCACAUCCUGGACAACAAUACUCGCAACAAGCACAUGAUGGAAACAUCUCAACAUGUAGCUCAACAGACAGCGCAUCUCCUAGAAUCAAUAGGCGCAAUGAACCGUACUGGAGCAUUUACUUCAUCAACAACACAAGAUUUUAUGAUUUCCAACUGGUGUUGUCAAACGAUGAAACCCUUAGAAGAUACUUUAUCGGCUUCAAGAUCUACAUAGAAAACCUGACUUCAUGGGGUUACACUGAGGAUGAAAGAAACAACAAACCGCCGACCGAAAGACGCUCUAUUUGUUACAAGCACAAUCGUAUCGCGAUCCCGCACAAAACCAUGGUUGUGCAGUGUGGCACGCCUAUGAUUGGUAACUCUGUCAGGAUUGAGAUGGCUAACAUUGCGUCACAGCUGGUUCUCUGUGAUAUUAAGAUAAGUGCAGGAAUAAAUAUGGCAUUUGGCAAACGUUUAACUCUGAGUCCGAACGAUGCAUCGUCGAAAUAUUCGCCAACCGGAGCAGUUGAUGGCAACACAAUUAACACAAAUAUACAUAAGUGCUCUGGAAUGUAUGCAAAUGAUAGAAACAAUAAAUGGAUGGAUGUAGACCUACAACAGCGACUUGACAUAAACUUAGUUCUGCUUACUCUAUAUCAAGAAGGUACGUGUUUUCAUGAAUGUUUAUACAUUGAAAAAGAUCCGCAAAUUACUUGUAAAAGACAGGAAUGA